CUUAUAUGCAUGGGAAACAGUGUGACAUAACAGUGAAGAAGAUUCAAGCAAGAGUAAACUGUGGAAUAAGGUGAAGAGUGAAGAGUGAAAGAGAAGAAAAGAAUGAGUGAAGAAGGUCCUCCAAAGCUAUAUACUAACAAGCCUCGAAAAGCGCAGCUGAAGCAGUUUCGAGGACAACAGAAAUCGAACGAGUAUUCCUCGCCGGCGGCGAUGGGGACCCACGGCCACGCUGCUGCUCCACCGCCGCCGCCGCCGCCGCCGAAGGUACCGUUUGUUCGGCGCUAUAAAUUUGUUUGGCCUAUACUCUUGGCUGUGAAUCUCGGUGUCGGAGCUUACUUGUUUUUGGGGAAUAAGAAGAAAGAAAUUGGUGAAGAGGAGGAACAAGAUGUAACUCCUGUCUCAACUAAAGAUACUGCUGCUCCUGUUUUGGAGAUGAACGUGCCUACACCACCUACUACAAAUCCUGUGGUCAAACGAGAACCAAUUCCAGAAAAUCAACAACGUGAACUCUUGAAAUGGAUAUUGGAAGAGAAGAGGAAGAUAAAGCCAAAAGAUGCUGAAGAGAAACAAAAGAUUGAUGAAGAGAAAGCUCUGAUUAAAAGGCUUAUUCGAUCAAAAUCCAUCCCAAGUGUCUAAUUAUGUUCCUGUUAUCUUUAUCAGCAGAGAAAAAAAGUUAUUGACUUCGAAUGUACCUGCAUUGAUUCAUCCAAUGCUUUUCUUUGGUUUACUUUGUUGAUGGAUUUUAGAUUAUACAUUUGUUGAGGCUUGAGAGUUCCGGGUCCUGACAUCCAAAAUUGUCAUUUGUAAAUUUUUUUUAUGUGGUUCCUUGGUUCCUUUUGCUCUGACAAUAGUAAAGUUGAUUGCCUUUGAUGUACAAUGGCCCUGUUCUUUUUACCUAUAGAUGACAAUUGGGUUUUCAAUA